AUGCUCUUGCUUAGAAUGGACUGCAUCACCACGCGUGGACUGGCAUUCAUUGACAAGGCGAGCCGGGAUGAGCUUCUAGGUGGUUUGUCGUUCAGCCUUCUGGAGCAGCUUGAGCUAGAAGUUGAAUAUAACCCUGGAUUCGAGCCAUCAAUAGUGAUGCUGCUGGCAGACUUGCUCCAUUGUUUCCCUAUGGUUUGUGACCUCCGCAUCAAAUUUGUCAAGAAGCACCAAACGCCUUGGAUAGAGUCUUCUAUAGAAAAUGAACCUGGAGUUCCAUUCGACAAGUCUGUCAGUGGCUUCAGGAAUCGCAAAAGCAGGUCAAUGGUUUCAUUAGGCCCAGAAAAUGAAGACAACUAUCAGGAUUACGGUGUCACCCCUGGCCUGACUACGGAGCAGUCAUUCAGUUGCCUGCAGAGUCAUCUUAAAAGAGUGAGCUUGCACUUUUCUAUGGACGAACCAAACUGCCUUGGAGUUAAACUGGCCAAGUUCUUUGCUGAGAACGCCAUGGUUCUCCAAGAACUGCAUAUCGAUGACGGCUGCCACGAAAUGCUGGAGCACAGGACGGAUCCGGUGGCGGGGAAGCCGGAUCCGGUGGCUGGGAGACGUGGUGGACCCUGUCACGUUUUAUACUGGCUGAAUACACGGGCCGCACUCUUUUACCGAACCAGCCGAGAUUUACGAAACCGACGAAGAAGUCAUCGUGAGAGCAUCCAUCAGAUCGCAUCUUCACAUCGCGCGCGUACGACGGCAGACGGCGGCGCCGGCCGGUGCCUGUCUGACCUCUCCGACGACCUGCUGCGGCACAUCCUCUUCUUGGCGCCCGACAGGGACGGCGCGGCCACCGCGGUGCUCUCGCGGCGGUGGCGCUGGCUGUGGCGCACGUCGGGUGCUGUAUACCUCGACUCCCGCUCCUUCAACGGCGGAUGCUCCUUCCCGGACCAGGAGCGCGAGGCCUUCCUUCGCGGCGCCGAGGAGGCUCUGGCUGCCGCCGCCGCCCACGGCCCCAUCCGGAGGCUCACGUUCUUCAUUGCGGAAGGCAGCAAGACAAACCUGCUUGUCGCCGCCGUAGUCUCCAACCCGGCGGCCCGGCGCGUCGAGGAGAUCGAGGUCAAAUCAGUGAACACCCAAUGUACGCUCAGCUUGGGCUCUCUGCCGUCCGAAGCUCUCCGGGUGCUGCGCAUCUUCAACUGCUCUAGCCUGACAGCAGCGCUGCCACCCGGUGCCGCCGUGUUCCCAAUGCUGGUCGACCUACACCUGCAGGAUUGCAGCAUUCCUCUCGUCGAUCUCCAGAGCAUCAUCGACGCCUCUCCGCGACUGUCCGCAUUGCAUCUCGCAUCCUCCCACUUCUCCACAGAAAUCAAUUUUACUGAGGACCUGGUGCCAGUGGGGCGGCUUCUGACCACCCGCUGUCAGUGCUCUUGA